CCCCUCUGCAUUGCUGGGGUCUGUGGAACAAUGGAUUGCAUUCCCCUGCAGCUGUGCUUGAUAAAGCCUUAGUUGAGUGUGUUCUGUCUGGUGUUCCUCUAGGACGGAGAACAGGAUUGCCCGUUUUGCUCAACGUCUGAAUCAAAAGCAAAGAGGGCAAAGCCAGUGCCAUGCGCUGAAUGAGGACUUUAGGCACUUCAUGCUCACAGGUUCCCCAGGCAUUUCACAGAGCUUAGACAGAAACUUCCAUGUCAAAAUGACCCAGCAAAUGCAGAAUCUGCACCUGUCUCACACCAAGAAGAGCAGCGCUCCGUCCUCCCCCAACGCAGCCAAGCGCCUCUACCGCAACCUCUCGGAGAAGCUGAAGGGCAGCCACUCCUCCUUCGACGAGCCCUAUUUCUUCAGCCGCUCGGACAGGCUGAGGAAAACGUCUGUGAACGUGCAGUGCAGCGAGGCUCUGUUCGAGGCGGUGGAGAAACAGGAUCUGGAUGCCGUUCAGCUCCUGCUCUACCAGUACUCAUCCGAGGAGCUCGACCUCAACACCCCCAACAGCGAGGGGCUAACACCACUGGACAUCGCCAUCAUGACCAACAACGUGCCCAUGGCCAGGGUCCUGCUGAAAGCUGGGGCCAAGGAGAGCCCGCAUUUUGUCAGCCAGGAGAGCAGAGUACUGCACCUCAGCACCCUUGUGCAGGAGGCACAUCAGCGCGUGAGUGAGCUGUCUGCACAGGCGACGAGCGAGGGGCUGAGCCUCGACAGCACGGAGAGAGAGAAACAGCUGAAAGCCUGGGAGUGGAGGUACCGGCUCUACAAGAGGAUGAAGACAGGCUUCGAACACGCCAGAGCCCCCGAGACGCCGUCCAGCGUCCGUCUCUCUGUAACGAGCAGCACGUCCCUCACUGUCACCUUCCAGGAGCCCCUCAGUGUCAACUCGGCUGUCAUCACCAGAUACAAAGUCGAGUGGAGCUGCUCGAAGGACUUUUCCACGUUGGCUGGACAAAUAAUCAUGGAUAAUCUUCAGUCUUUGAGGUGCACUAUCGCAGGUCUCACAACGGGUCAGGCCUACUUUGUCCAAGUUUCAGCCUACAAUAUGAAGGGGUGGGGGUCGGCACAGGCAUCCACUCCUGAUGUCGCUGUCCCAUCAAACUGGAAGGAGUAUGGUGGCAGGGAGCCGCGUCGGCACAUGGGGCAGAUUGAAGCCAUGGAAAGACUCCUCCAGCAGGUUCGAAGCGCACAUCAACGAUACAGCUGUCGAGAGUCGUCCAAGUCGCAGAAUCCGAGUCGUAAGCAGUCUGUCUCCAGAAGCCUGAAGCACCUCUUUCAUUCUUCAAACAAGUUUGUGAAAACUUUAAAAAGGGGGCUCUAUGUGGCAACAGUAUUCUAUCACAAGGACGACAUUCUGGUGACCAAUGAGGAUCAGAUCCCCAUUGUUGAAAUAGACGAUUCCUUCACCAGCUCCAUCAUGCAGGACUUUCUCUGGUUCACAAAGCUGUCGUACAUGUGGGAGGAUGUCCGCUGGCUGCGGCAGAGCAUGUCUGUCUCCAUGUCCUCCUCGUCUGUGCUCCAAGCUCGGCAGAAGAUGCUGGCAGCAGCCGGGCAGUUGCAGAAUCUGCUUGGCACGCAUCACUUGGGACGUGUUUAUUACGAGCCCAUUAAAGACAGACAUGGCAAUGUGCUGCUAGUUACUAUAAGAGAGGUGGAGAGCCUCUACUCCUUCUUCAAUGGCAAGUGGAUGCAGAUAUCCAAGCUGCAGAGCCAGAGGAAAUCCCUCUCUACCCCGGACGAGCCGACGGCUCUCGAUGUGCUGCUGAUCACAAUCCAGGAUGUCCUGUCCUAUCAGCGGAGGAGCCAGCUUCACCUGUCUCCCGGGCUGUACCUGGGCUACCUGAAGCUGUGCAGCUCCGUGGAUCAGAUUAAAGUCCUCGUCCCGCAGAAGCUGCCCAACGUCCUGUGCCACUCCAAAAUCCGAGACAACUGCAACGUGUCCAGAGAUGAGUGGGAAUGGCUCCAGAAGCUGUCUGGCCCUGCUUAUGUGGAAAGUGCAGAUCAGACGCCUGCCUGGCACACUCAAUUGUUCUUCUAUGAGCUCCAGAUGGCUGUGAAAGCGCUGCUCAAACAAAUCAAUCUACCUCUGCACCAGACCAGGCUCUUGCGUCUGUACACACAGGAGGUGCUGGAGCUGGGUCACAAUGUCUCCUUUCUUCUGCUGCUGCCUGCCUCAGACGACGUCUGCACUGCCCCGGGACAGAGUAACCCUUACACCCCGCUCUCAGGGUUCCUUAACCUCCCUCUUCAAAUGUUUGAACUAGUUCAUUUUUGCACUUACAAGGAGAAAUUCAUCAGCCUGUACUGCCGCCUGUCUGCUGUGCUGGACCUCGACUCGCUCAUUACCCAACAGUCCCUGCGAGAGGCCAUCUCGGACACGGAAGUUGCAUCAGCUAAGCAGAGGCAUCAGCAAGUUCUAGACAACAUGCAGCAAAUGGAUGAGAUGUGGCGUGAGAUGAGGUGGAUCAUGGACGCGCUGCAGUACGCCCGCUACAAGCAGCCCGUGGGUGGCCUGCCUGUGCCGUGGCUUGUGGACUCCACGGUGGCGCACGUGCCCGAGAAGAACGACUCCACAUCCUCGCACAUGGACUACCUGCCCACUCCCUCCCCCUCGCCAGAGAUGCAUCGCAGGAAGGCCGUGAGCGACUCCCAGCCUUGCUCCGAUGAAGAGGGCUGCUCGGAAGUGUUUCUCCCCACAGACAGCGACUACGACUCGAGCGACGCCCUGAGCCCACGAGAGCUGGACCUCGUCUACUCCUCGUCCCAGGACAUCUCCCAGCAGGUGCUUUCGGGGCUGAGCGGGAGCGCACCAGACGUGCUGCAGGUGCACGACCUGAAGUCCCCCCUCAGCACCAGGGAGCAGUGCAAUAGGGGGCCCUUCGACGCAGACACAGACUCCUGCACGAAGACCUUGGGCGGCUUGACUCUAAGAGGCACAGACAAGGCUGCUCCCCGCAUGCCGGGGAACAACCCCCUGAGUAAGAGGAAGCUUCUGUCCAAACACCAGCACCACAGCUACUUCAGCUGCCACCACCGCUGGCUCCGCGUGCACAGCGAGAGCCAGGCCGCCUCGCUGUCAGAGGGGCUGUACACGCAGCAGCGGGAAUGCCCAUCCUUACCGCUCGAGUCUGCCUGCGGGGGAGACAUGAAGACCGUAGCAGAGCUACCACGUAGCUCUUUCUUACCUCACGCCUCCAGCCUCCCGGAAGAAGGGAAAGAGAGAUACAAGGAGUCCAAAUCGAACGUCCGCAGGAUAUUCGUGGAGCCUUGCAGAAUGCCGUUGUCCAACGAGGGCUUGAAAGCGUGGACUCUGAACGUAGGAGAGUCACGACCCGCAGUGGGAGACGCGAGUGCCGUACCUGGAGGCGCGGGACAAGACAUCGACUCCGAUGACCAAACCAAUUCUCAAGUAUCAGAAAUAUUCAGCAGUACACUCUAGGAGUAUAACCGCUUUUACUUGAUCGAAGAUGCUCUACCUUUUUUUUUUUAAAUGCAAUUUGUAUAUGAUAUGAAAGUUGUUGGAAUCUGUUUGUAUUUUUGUACAUGUUCUAUAACUGAGCAUGCAAAGGUGGGUUUUUUGUGGUUAUUUUAUGUAUCAUGCACAAGGCUUACUGGGGUACUGCAUCUUUGAAUGAAAUUGUAAAACAAAAACUUAACUAAAGUUGCUGGACAACUCUUUACAGUAAGAAAAAUACACCCAUGGCUCUUGACUGUUCUAAUAAUCAAUGCAACACAGAGAAAAGCAAUGCUUUUUAACUUGGCCAACUGCGUGCAUCCAUGGCACAAAGGGCAAGUAACACGAGUACGUUUUAAAAUUAAAUUCAUGUAAAAGCUAGAUACAGGCAGAAUAAAAUAACACAAGGGGUUACGCAAGAUUAAUGAAACCACAGCACAUAAUCUCCCAUGUUUCACUCUGCAUUAGCAAUGGUUCAGAACGUCGAUUCGCUCUAAUCAGUGGUGCAGUCGUAAAUCUGAAGGUACCGGUGACGGCACUAAAAUAUUGAUCUUCUUAAACAAGAAUUAUUGUACAAAUUCACAUGUUGUUUGUGUACUGAACUUCUAGAAACACAUCUAAUAGGUCAUGCAUUUAUCCAGUGUCUACAAGUAUUUCCACAAAGUGUCAUUCUUCAUCUUGACAGACUGCUUUACUGUACGUGUCUGUGUGUCAGUGGCUUAGUUUGUGUGUGUUCACAGUCCUAGUCGAUACACUGUUGCUGUCGUCUUCGUCGGCAUUUUUAACCUUAAAGAAGUAAUCUGUAAUAGAAAAUCCUAAUGCUGUUUUCAUUGCAUCAAGAGAACUACUGACUGAAUUAGACAGUUGUGUGGGAGCUGGGAGUCAUGUGACUUAGCUUGCCUAUGUCCUGGCUAGACUACACCACUGGCACUAAUCCCAGACUGCCUUACCUAAAUUAACAAGUAGUAGUCCAAGAUUAGUGCUAAUCAGAGUCUGUAAAUCCCAUCAUAAGUGGUAAAACGUCAUGUGAUUUAAAAGGUAGCUGUAUUUAAAUAUGCCUCCUGUUUAGAUGACUGACAUAUAAUAGAAGGGAAGAACCCCUUAACGUUCUGUUCCGGUAUUCCACAUUCCACUGCGGUUCCAAAGGCGUUCCAUAAAGGUACCACUGAAUUCCAGUAUGUUAGAGGACAUUCUACUGCACAUUUGUAUUCUGAAACUUGAUGUUAGAACUACAUUACAAAAAAACCUUAUUAUGUAUUGCUUGAAGUGUAAAAAAAUAUAUAUAUAUUAUUUUGAACCACAGCGCUAUACUGUUUAUCUGUAUUUCCUUGUGCAAAGCAUCCUGCUGUGUGUAAAGUAUUUAAGAUAGUUUAUCUCCCAGGUGGGCUAGUUUGGAAUUGUGUUUUUAGUAAAAAGAGUAUUUUCAGAAAAACAAGGGAUUCGUUAACUUUAUAUGUAAAAAAAAAAAAAAAAAAAAAAAGAAAUAUCAGUGCAAAGGGCAGUAUUAAAAUUUGUAAAUAGUGUUUGUUUGCUAGUUGCAAUCGUUAAUGUUAUUAUGUGUUAGUAAUACAGUCUGGUGUAUGUUGAACGAAUAACAAAUACUGGCACAAUUUUAUGUGCUUUGGAAAUAUCAGUGUGAUAGCCAUGAAUAAGCAUAUUGUCAUAUGGUAGCAUUUUAAAAAUAAUGGCUGCAAAUUCAUUGUGGAAGAAGAACUCGGAAGAAGUCCAGAAGAUAUUCGGGUGUUUUUCCUGCGGAUUUCAGACAGAAUUCAUAGUGAAUUUGUGGCCAUUAUUUUAAAGUGUUAUCAUGUGGCUGACCACACACACACGCACGCACACACA